UUCUCAUUUCGCAUCCUUCAAAGCCAUUUCGAAACCAUUCUUGUAUUGAGAGAGAGUACACAGACGAAAACAAGAAGAAAGUUUCAACGUUUAUUGUCUGUUCUAUCUUUCUCUCUUUCAAGAAACAACAUACUUCGAAAACAUGGCUCGUUCUCUCUCUAACGUUAAGAUUGUAUCUGCUUUCGUCUCUCAAGAACUCUCCAAUGCAAUCUUCCGACGCGGUUAUGCGGCUACGGCGGCGCAAGCGGCCGGUGUGAAAGGUGGAGCCGUUGUUUCGGCGGUGAUGAAGAAGAAGAGAGUGGAAGAAUCGACCCAAAAGAUUGCUUGGAUUCCAGACCCCAAAACCGGUUAUUACAGACCGGAAACUUGUUCAAAGGAGAUAGACCCAGCAGAGCUACGAGCAGCUCUCUUGAACAACAAGCAGUAAUGAAAAAAAAAAACAAGCAGUGAUGAAUUAACCGAAGAAAGCUCUUUUUCUGUUAAUUAUUUGUUGUUAGUUUUAAUGUCUUGGGGGAAUAGGGUAAUGAUCCUUUGCGGUGAACCCUAUGUUUGUCUGUCUGCUACGUGCGAUUCUGCAAUUAAUAACAUAGAGAACUCUUUUGGUUCCUCUACACUUUGUAACAAAAUGAUCAAUGGAUGUAUGACUGAAAGUAUUUAUAUAAUAAACAGUUUAGUUGAAAAGUAAA